CCUGUUCCAACUCUUCCCACCUCCACUUCUCUCUCUUUGUUCUUCUCAUCAAACACACUUCCAUUCAAAGUGUUUUGAUCAUCAUCAUCAUCAUCAAUGGCUGUUUCUGGUUUUGAAGGAUUUGAAAAGAGGCUUGAGUUACAUUUCUCUGGCGAUGAUCCAAUCAUCCGAAUGGGUGGUCUCAGGCAACUAGACUUUGAAUCAAUUGAAGAAGUAUUAAAUGCAGUGCAAUGCACUGUCGUGUCAGCUGUUGGGAACCAGUUUUUUGAUUCUUAUGUACUGUCUGAAUCAAGCCUCUUUGUUUACCCUACAAAGAUUAUCAUCAAAACAUGUGGUACUACUCAGCUUUUGAAAUCAAUUCUUCCAUUGAUCCAAUUCUCAUGUGAAAUGGGAUUUGUUAUGAGUGAGUGUAGGUACACUAGAGGCAAUUUUAUUUUCCCAAAAGCUCAGCCUUUUCCACACACAAAUUUCAAAGAUGAAAUUUUUUACUUACAAGAACAAUUACCUAUACAUCUUUGUUACAGAAAAGCCUCUGUUAUGCCUUCAAAAUUCAUUUCUCAUUCUUGGCAUGUUUUCACUGCUUGUGACAAAUUCUAUGACCCUCUUGAAAUGAUUAGUAUUCCAAACGAUCUUUUCACUAUAGAAAUUUGCAUGACAGACCUUGAUAGGGUACUUGCUAGAAAGUUCUUUAAACAUCCAAAUAUGGCUGCAAAUGAAAUGACUGAAAUAACGGGUAUUUCAGAAAUUAACCCAAAUGCUUUAAUUUGUGACUUUGUGUUUGAUCCCUGUGGAUAUUCCAUGAAUAGUAUUGAUGGGGAUCGUUAUUCUACUAUCCAUGUCACCCCUGAAGAUGGUUUUAGUUAUGCUAGUUAUGAGUGUGUUGGGUCAAUACACGAUGACCCUAAUGACAUUAUGAACAUAUUGAAGAAAGUGGUGCAAGUUUUCCGACCAGGGACUAUGUCGAUUUCGACUACGUCGACGAGCAACGAGGUUUGGACAAGAAUUGCCAAAGCUGUCGAGCCACUAGGAAUGAAAUGCCGGAGCUGCACUAUGGAUGAUUUUCCGGCCCCCGGAAACGUCGUGUUUCAGACUUUUACUUCUUGCCGGAAGUAGGUGCUGCUGCUGCCGCGGCGAUGGUUGUGGUGGUGGUGGAAGUAAGGUGGGAGCAUGGUGGUACUAGUACCUUAUGUGAUGGUAGAUAUGUGGGAAGUGGUUUUUUUAAGAGUAAAGGGAGGAAGUAGGGGACCUUUUCUUUUUUCUUUGUUUUUGUAUUUCACUUAUCUUAUUUUAAUUUUGUUAGAUCAUGAGUUUAGUUGAAAAUUUUUUAAUUAAAAAGAAGUAGAAUAUUGAUGCAUGAGUUAUGUAAUUGCAUUGGAUUGGAUAGUGGAUGAUCUUGAUGAUCAA